AUGCGGACAUCGCGCGAUGGCGGUGGCCGGGUCGGGCUUGGGCUGGCAGUGGCCUUCCUGCUCCUCUCGGCGCUCUUCUCGGGCAGGUGCCAGCGCUCGAGCGACGUCAGCGACGAAGACGUGGCCCUGCUCACAGAGGGCAAGCCGAUAGUGGGCUUCCUGGACUUCAACGAGGCGCGCAUCGUCCGCUUCGGCGUGACCAGCACCAGCACGGGCGACUUCCCGGACAUCCUGAUGACCCUCAUCGUGACCAACGCGCUGGGCGACGCGGACAUCCGCUGCUCGCCGUACAACUGGGUGCAACAGGGCCGGCGGGGCUUCCCGUGGGUGUCCACCCAUCGCCAGGGCGCCGACGAGGUGUUCAUGUCGUCCAAGACCGAGGAGUACAAGGCCGCGGUGAUAGACGUGGAGGUCAAUCGCACGGGGGUGACGGAGACGAUCCAGGCGGUGGGGUUCCAGUGCUGGGUGGUGGGCGCGUCGCGAGCCGGGUCGGCGUUCGAGCUGGAGGCGGACGUGGCAGUGGCAGGGGUGGGGCUGAUCGGCGACGAGCAGAAGGCUCUGAGGACCAUAUUCGCGGACUGCUGCGCCAAGAAGGGCGCGUGCAAGAACUGGCCGCGGAAGGGGAAGAAGGGCAUCAAGCUGGAGUUCGACCUGUGCCACGUGCAGGGGAACAUCUGCGACGUGAAGGGGCGGCUCACGCGCCUGAACAUGGACGGCUACGGCCUGGGGUGCGAAUUCCCGUCCAGGGAGUUCAGUGUGUUCGAGGACAUGCGGAAGCAGGAGGUGGGUCGCAACAAGUUCACGGGGGACAUGGCGAAGGUAAUGGACGCCCUGGCGACCCUGGUGAACCUGACACACAUCAACGUGCGCGAUAACAAGCUGUCGGGCACGCUGGCCAACAGCAAGGGGCUGUGCGAGAUGACGGCCUCCAGGCUGCAAUUCCUGGACGUGCAGAGCAACCCGGUGCACGGGCCCAUUCCGGAGUGCCUCAUCACUUCGGACAGUCAGCUGCUGGACGUGAUCCUCAGCAAGACCGACAUCUCGGGCACCAUCCCGGACGUCUUCGCCGCCGAAUCCAACCUGCAGGCGUUCAUCGCAAGGGACGCCAGGCUGUUUGGCAAGGUGCCUCCCAGCCUGGCGAACCCCGAGCAGCUGACCUUUCUGGAGCUGGGGGCGAACGAAUUGACGGGCCGCUUCCCCGAUGGCGUGGAGGAGCUGCCCAACAUCCACACACUGAGUCUGCAGAGAAACAAGAUCUCUGGCCUGCCCAAGGCUUGGAACAUCGCGGACCGCAAUAACCCCACAACACUGAAAUUCGUAGACUUUGGCAGCAACAAAAUCCGGGGCAAAUUUCCCCUGAUGCUGGCGACUGUGGAGCACAUGGACUACCUGGACCUCUCCAGGAACAAGCUGAAGGGAACGCUGCCUGACGCCCCCGGCGUGUUUCCCAACAUCUAUACAUUGAAACUUGCCAACAACAGGUUCCAUGGAGCUAUUCCAGACUCGUGGGGGGCCAUGGGCAUGUUCCAGGUGCCGCCAGCCAUCGAUAUCUCGGGGAAACUCGACCUACGUAACAACAGAGAUUUGUCUGGCGAGCUGCCUGACUUCUUUUACCCAGAUGAACUGCAGGGCAAUGUUCCGGAGGUGCGAAUAGACAAGACGUCUAUCGCGUGCGACGUGAGGGGCCCCUCACCGUAUGUGACCGACACAGAGGAAUGCAAGGGCGACCCUGCAGCAUUUGGGGCGCGGCGUUAA